ACAUUAGUUCCUCGUCAAAAUCCCACAUCUAUUCUAUCCAUCCUAUCUUUCUCUCCUUUAUAUUUUCCUCUUUUCCCACUCUCAUAAAAAAAUGGAUAAAAGAACAUGCAAUUCUCAAGAUGUUGAAGUUAGGAAAGGUCCUUGGACUAUGGAAGAAGAUUUGAUUCUCAUCAAUUACAUAGCUAAUCAUGGUGAAGGUGUUUGGAAUUCCCUUGCUCGAUCUGCUGGUCUCAAGCGUACCGGAAAAAGUUGUAGACUCCGGUGGCUAAACUAUCUCCGGCCGGAUGUUCGGAGGGGAAAUAUUACACCUGAAGAACAGCUCUUGAUUAUGGAACUGCAUGCCAAGUGGGGAAACAGGUGGUCAAAAAUUGCAAAGCAUUUGCCAGGAAGAACAGAUAACGAGAUAAAGAACUACUGGAGGACAAGGAUCCAAAAACACAUUAAGCAAGCAGAUCAAAGCAUGAAUAUAAGAGCAUCAUCAAAUUCUGAGCACAACCAUCAUCAACAAGCAAGUACAAGCCAAGCUUCUACUGGAAAUAAUACCAUUGAAACCUACUCUCCAUCAUCUUACAAUGGAAAUAAUAUGGGUACUACUAAUUUUCAGGCCAAUUUUCCAGCUGAAACAAAUGAAAAUAUUUGGAGCAUGGAGGACCUUUGGUCCAUGCAAUUGCUUAAUGAUGCAACCAACUAAUUAAUAAUCAUCAAUAUAAUUAAGCUAUAGGUAGCUACAGUGUAAAGCAAAUUAACAAUUCUGCAUUAUAUUAUAUUAAUUCCCAUGUCGAUGCUUCUUCGUGAGUCACUGUGUAAUACAACUAUAAAACUUAUGAGUUUACGAUUUAUGCAUUAAUGGUAUUGUAAAAAUAUGCACAAUCAAGUUACUUAGUAUAAAGUAAUUACAGGUGAA